AUGUUCGUGCUUGGUACGUCACGUAUGAGAGAAAACGACUUGUCAGUUGAACGGGAGGCAGAAACUCAUGGAGAUAUCUUGCAGGUCGACAUCACUGAUAGUUACAGGAACCUAACCAUCAAGAACAUUGCUGCUAUGAGGUAUGUCGCUGGUGUCUGCACCAACGUGGGAGCCGUUCUCAAGAUAGACGACGACGUAGCAUGGGAUGUGAUGAGCACAGCGUCAUUGAUCGAUUCAUCGAUAACAGAAGGAAGUAUCCGCUGCCCUCUAGCUCAACAACCAGCUGCUCGGGAUUCCAAAACCCCACGGUGA